AUCAUUUUCUUUUCUCCUCUUUUUCUCUCUCUCUCUCGACUCUCUCUCGACGAAAUAAAUUCCGAGAAAAAGGUUUACUGUGUUGCUCGCGAGCUAGAAAUCAGAGCGACUUGGAGCAGAGAAGACAAAGAAAGCAAGUCUUAUACGUUUGGUUCUUCCUUUGAUUCCACAGAAACCAAACCUCACUUUCUCCAUCUUCGUCCACAAGAAUGCCAGCUUCUGAAGAUAGAAGAGGGAAAUGGAAACGACGGAAGCGAGGGGGGUUAUCGGCGGCGAGGAAACCGAAACAAGAGGAGGAAGAUAUGGAGGAAGAAGACGAAGAGAACAACAACCACAACAACGAAGAAAUGGAUGAUGUUGAUAAUGCCGAUGAGCUUCAGCAGAACGGCGGCGUAACUCCCGAUCCGGGACACCGUAUUGGCGAGGUAGUUGAAGAUUCCGGUUCGCGAAUCUCUGAUUUAUGUUAGAAUUGUGAGGCUUAAUGCAGUAUCAGCUUUUGCUGGUUGGUACUAGUAUUGUAGUAGUCAUAAGGGUUAACCACAAAUUUGUCAACAUGUGAAUCUGCUGGGGUGGGGCUCGGCCUCCGAACCGUACGUGGGGUUAAUCUCUAUUACAAAUUCUUUGUGUAUUUUGGUGCCUCUCUCUAACCUGAUAACUAGUAUCGCCUCCUUUUCUAAAGAUAUCCCAAAGGGUUCUUAUGGCCGUAGCUUCUAAAUGUAUAAGUUCUUAUCUUCUUUUUGUCUGGUGCAUUGUUCUUUGUUUACGUUACUCUGAAAGCAACUUCAUUUCAUAUCAGAUGUUUCUUACUGUCUGUGUAAUGGAAAGGAAGAGGUAUUAGAACUUUUACACAUCUUCUAUCUAAAAAAAUAGAAUAACUGCUGUCUUUGAGUAUAA